UCGAAAGAGUGGUAGAAAUAUCAAAAUUGCCUUUUACUGGAACAGGGCCAGUAUUCGUUCAUACCAAAACCCUAAACCUUGAAAGCAGGUUUAGGGUUAUGGUUGACGGUGAAGAGCUCGGCAGGAAGCAGAGGUUGGGGAAAUAUCAUAUGUGAUAGUAUUCAAGGGAUGCUCUGUUUCUCGUAUUACAAUCGCAGGCAAGCACUCGUCUCCAUUCUCUUUACUCCAUGUAAAUGUAAUUGAUGCUAUCAAAUGACUCUAUAUAUCUGCAAAAGCCUCAUCUCGCUCUAUCUCAAAAGCUCUCAACACCACCUCCACAAACCUCACUUUUCCUGCUCCCUCUCUCUCCUCUUCUUCUCCUCCUCCGGACCCCAAAAAAAGAAACCAGCUAUCCCCGUCUCUACUGCCGAUUACUUGAUCAAGCGGCACCAGUUCUCCCAAGAAACCGCUCUAACGGCCGCUUCUGUGAUAACAUAUUUGAAAAAACCCGAGAAGUCUGAUUCCAUACUAGCAUUCCUCAAGGAAAGCGGUUUUUCCCAGACCCAUCUCGAGAAAACAGUCAAACGAGUCCCCCGUGUUCUCUCUGCCAACCUUGACAAGACCAUCAAGCCCAAAAUCAAGAUUUUCCAGGAUUUGGGCUGUACGCCCACCGACAUUGCUUAUAUUAUAUCGCAAGACCCGUGGAUCCUAAAUAGGAGUGCUAAUAAUGGCUUGAUGCCAUCAAUUGUAGCAUUGCAGAGUGUUAUGGGUUCGAACUCGGAUGUCUCUAAGGUUUUGAAGAUUUGUGCGCGGUUUCUGAAACAUGAUUUAGGGAAGACCUUGAAACCUAAUAUUGAAUUCAUGAAGAGUUGUGGAAUCAGCACGUCACAGAUAAAGAAAGUCGUAUUUAGCUUCCCGAGAUUUUUGCUGCAUAAGCCGGAGAGUAUUAAAGAUUCUGUGAGGAGGGUUGAUGAAAUGGGGUGUGAUAGAAAGUCUAAGAUGUAUCUUCAUGCAAUUCGAAAUUUGAGUUCAAUGACACUAGAGAAUUGGGAACUGAAAUUGAAACUUUUCCGGAGUCUGGGAUUUUCAGAAAAUGAAAUUGUAACAUCGUUUAGGAAGGCGCCUCAGGUUUUUGCACUAUCUGAGAGGAAAAUUAUAGAGGGAACCAGAUUUCUGCUUACUGUAGGGAAUUCUGAUAUGUCUUAUUUGGUUAACCACGCAGAAUUGCUUAUUUUCAGCAUUGAGAAAAGGCUCAAACCCCGUUUUCGGGUCUUGGAGUUUUUGCAAGGUAAGAAUUUGCUUCCAAAAAGGCCUAGCGUGACCACCAUUUGCAAGAUAUCUAAUAAACAGUUCAUUGGAAAGUAUGUGCUUCCUUAUUCAAAUGAAGUUGGGGAUUUAUACAUGGUUAAAGAAGGUUCAUAGACAUCAAAACUGCUGUUAUUGAGACUCAUAUGAAAACCAUGCUGAUAAAUAGAUCUCAAUACCAUCUUGACUUCUGUUGGAGUUCUGCAUUCUGGGAACUGCUCUUUAACAGAUGGUAUGGGAAAAGCAGCGAAGAGAAGAUGGAGGUGAUGGCAGGGCAUAUGUAGCAGUAUCAAAUUAUCCUGCACUUUAGGAUGUCUGCGGCAGCUUAUCUGUCUUCAAAUUGACUUCUCACACGCUCCUCUAUUAAGUAAUGGGCACAAGCAACAAUCAAUGUGUGCCAGAUCGGUGAAUCAUGGCCAGAUGCUGAUGAAACUAUAUGGUCACAAUAAAUCUGAAACAGGAAAUCAGCAAAUGAGGAUUGCAUGGCAGCAGUGGCAGCAGGGAGAGGAGUACUAGUGGUACUGGUUUGUUAUUUCUUUUUGUAGACUUAGUUAUCCUUUUUUACAUGGUGAUGUUUAUUUUGCGUUGUCAGACUAGUUCCUUCUUCAGUUUGAGGUCCAAAAAUAAAUUGCUAUAGAAAUAUCUAUCACUGUUGAUGCGA